AUGCGCGUGCCCAAGAGCCUGGCAUUCCAGGUUCCGCAUCCGUUCAAGCAGCUCGCGGUUCGACUGUCGAAUAUAGCUCGCUGUUCUCUCAGCCCGUGCAGCACACUCACUGGCAGUUUCAGCUUCCAGCUGGGCAUAAACAGCCUUGUUUUACCGCCGCAUCUACAUCGUCCUGGGCAACUAGGACGCCAGCAUUACCAUCGCGAGGACCCAGCACCGCUUGUGGACGCGGAAGGUCAGAAGCGCUGGAUAGCAGAACGUUUAUUGGGUCACGAGGACCCUCGUCUCGAAACGACAUCGUCGGAACUUAAUGCGCGCGCAAGUAUCGUGUACAUUGGCUCGGGUUUCCACCCGAGCAGGAUGCGUGUUUUGUUCGACGACCUGAGUGUUCUCGCGGUGAGCGUGCAUAUGCUUACUUAA